AGUAAACUCAAAUGAGGACUUCCAAUUUUUCAUGAAGGCUGCCACAAUUUAAGUCUGGUUAAAGUCGUCUGAACGAAGAGCGCAAAUGUUACAGUAGCCUAAUGAUUGUGCGCAAGAACGUUAUAUUCACAGACGUCAGAAACGCUACAAUGUACCAGAAUAUAGAAUAUACUCGGGCGACACAACGAUCAAUGCGGGAUGGUAGCCACCAACAUUUGCAGAGAUUUCACAAUCCUGAAUUAAAUCUGUGGAUCAUAGAUUGAACUUUUAUGCAGACUUUUCAGGACUUUUCGCUGAUUUGGAAAUAUUUGCGACCGAUUUCAAGAUGAUUUAUAGCGAGGGUAGUAGACAGAUUUUUAAUAGUUAAAGUUAUUCCAUGAGUUUCAGAAUGUAUGCAAGUGAGAUAUCGCCACCAGUUCGGAUUUCUCUGCUAGUGGUAACUCUUGUAUCGCUUGGGAUUUGUUCAGAACUAAAAGUACGAGUGCGUUUAAGUGAUGGACUAAUUGGGGAGGAGAUUUUGGACGCCAACAGUGAGAAUGAUGACAUUACAGUCGAGUUCAAGCAAGGAGAUGGUACUCAUAUUACUGUGGUAUUUGAUUUCAAACGGGAUGUGAGGAUCGUCCGAGCUCUGAUCCUGGGGGAGCCAGAGCGAGGCCAGAACCAAUACCAGGUGCUGUGCUUUGUCUCGCGCCUCGAUCACCACGAGAUCAUCCCCACUGAGUCCAUGGCUCGCCUCAGACAGAAGAACCCCCACUUGGUCCGCACGGCAGAGGAGAAGCGUGGGGUGGAACACCUCCACAUGGACAUGGUGGUGAACGUUAGUCGUGCAGGGCACCUCAACACACUCAUCCACAACGUGUGUAAGGAGGCCCAUGAGGGGUUUUAUACCCGGACAGCUGACACCAAGCAUUGGCUGGAUAAAGGAAUAGAGUUUGAGCCCCUGCCCCAGACAGUGGACGUCUCUGGUCUGCAGCGAUGCCCCUCCACUCUGGACCUGUGGCAGCCAUGCUUCUGCAGCUAUCACCUACGUCUGGAGUGGCUCCCCUGCCUGCUCAAAUACUGCCGCAGCCACCGGGGUGCGGCUGGAAGGACCAACCCGUACAAGUGUGGCAUCAGGAGCUGCAGCAAGGGCUACCGCUUUGACUACUACGUCCCCCAUAAACAGCUCUGCCCAUGGGAUGAGGAGACCUAAAGCAGCUGGUUUUGCCCUUAGUUCUUUCCUCAUCUGGACUGAGCAUGGCAGGGGAUUGGCAAGAGGCCUUGAAGUGUAUACAGAGUAUACCAAACAUUAGGAACACCUUCCUAAUAUUGAGUUUUUCCCUCCGAAAAGCCUCAAUUCAUCAGGGCAUAGACUCCGCAAGGGGCCGAAAUGUUGACUCCAAUGCUUCCCACAGUUGGCUGGAUGUCUUUUCGGUGGUGGAUCAUUCCUGAUACUCACAGGAAGCUGUUGAGCGUGAAAAACCCAGCAGCAUUGCAGCUCUUGACACAAACCGGUGUGCAUGGCACCUACUACCAUACCCUGUUCAAAGGCACUUAAAUCUUGUGUUUUGCCCAUUCACCCUGUGAAUGGCACACAAUUCUCUCAAGGCUUAAAAAUCCUUCUUUAACCUGUCUCCUCCCCUUCAUCUCCACUGAUUGAAGUGGAUUUAACAUCAAUAAGGGAUCAUAGCUUUCACCUGGAUUCACCUGGUCAGUCUGUGUCAUGGAAAGAUCAGGUGUUCUUAAUGUUUUGUACACUUGGACUUACACUAACAUAUUUUCAGACAGAAGAGUGUCUCUGACUUACCACCAAGGUAUUUGGAUUCAACCAGACAGUAGCAUAUCUAUUGUAACCAUGUGCUUUUAAUGUUGGAUGUUUCCUACAGUGGUGUGUUGAGUCCAUAUAUAAUAAUACUUUUCCUAGGCAUGCAAGUGUCUGUAUUAGGGCAGCUGGACAGGAGCCUAAUGGGGGAAAAUCGACAAUGUGAAAAUUGUAAUAUCGCCCAACCUAGAUGGAAUUGCCCAUGCUACUAUGGAUGAAUGUUUUGAUUUGAUGCCAUCAGUCAAAGUGCUGUUCAGUGCUCCGUUGGGGUAAAAUUGGAUGGUGGAUCUGCUCAAGAGAAAACAUUCAUCCAUGGUAGUGAAUGAAUCACUUAACUGAUGUAGUUUUUAUUGACUUAAUGCAAAAUAAAGACAUUUAUUUACAUUCUGUUAAAAGAACUAGGGUAUUGAAACAGUACAGUCUGUAACCAAUAUCCACACUCUUACCUUGAACUAUAGGGACAAAUUGUUUUUGGCUCGCUGGAAGGGUUUUGUCAUUGCUGUCAAAUGCAUCAGCGUGUAGCAUCAUAUGCAGAAACUGACUUAAGUCAUGUUUAUACUAUAGGUAUACAGAAGUGAUAACUGUGAGUAUUGUGCUGUCAUAUUCAUGGUGGUAUGAGAUAUUCAUCAGGCAACUCAUAUCUGGGAACUUCUCUGUUCUACUUUUAGUCAAUACUUUUUUUUACCUCUUUGAUCAACAAUAUAUUUUCAGAUUUACUAUCUUGUUGUGAUAAACCCGAAGACACAAAUUAGUGGACUGAGAAGUUUAUGUAGUCUCAACGUUUCAAACGUAAUGUGCAAAGUGCCAGUGAUUAAGCUUGUACUGGAGAUUGCUGUUCUGCGUGUCAUUGGGACAUUAUGAUAAUGGCACAUGUGUCUCUCUGAGGGAAGAACUGUUACAAACAAAAGUGAUUUUUCAAAAAUGGACCUAAAGCUUACGUCCAGGAACAAAACAUAAACCUUUAUUUUUUAAAUCUAUAAAUUAUUGGUUGAUGGUAAAUGCCUUAACUUGUCACUGUGUUGUUUGAUUUGAAAGUAAUUCUAUGGUUUAAAAUGUUUUAUGUAAAAAACAUCUGCAGUUGAAGUUCAAAAAUGUUUCCUAAAGGUGUCUAACUUUGACAAAUUAAAAUCCUUAUUAGUCUUUAUACUAGGCCUAAUGCUUCUUCUGUUGGGUGUCAUAUUUGCAAAGCUGGAUUUGUGGGCAUAUUAAUAUCAUAAUGCACAAUCUAGACAUCUAAAACCCCAAGAAUAGUGUCCUCCAUCAUUAUUAAAUGGAAUAAGUUUAGAACCACCAAGACUCUUCCUAGAGCUGGCUGCCCGGGCAAACUGAGCAAUCGGGGGAGAAGGGAGGUGACCAAGAACCCGAUAGUCACUCUGACAGAGCUCUGGAGGUCCUCUGGAGAUGUGAGAACCCUCCAGAAGGAGAACCAUCACUACAGCACUCUACCAAUCAGGCCUUUAUGGUAGAGGGCCCAGACAGAAGCCACUCCUCGGUAAAAAGAAAGUGACAGCCCACUUGGAGUGUUACCAAAAGGCACCUAAAGACAUUCAGGGACAAGUCAGGGACAAGUCAGGGACAAGUCUCCGAGUGUCCUUGAGAGGCCCAGCCAGAGCCCAGACUUGAACCCAAUCGAACAUCUCUGGAGAGCCCUGAAACUAGCUGUGCAGAGACACUCCCCAUCCAACCUGACAGAACUUGAGAGGAUCUGAAGAGAAGAAUGGGAGAAACUCCCCAAAUACCAGUGUGCCAAGUUUGUAGUGUCAUAGCCAAGAAGACUCGAUACUGUAAUUGCUGCCAUAGGUGCUUCAACAAAGUUCUGAGUAAAAGGUUUCAAUACUUACAGUAUGUAAAUGUGAUAUUUCUGUUUUUUAUUUUUA